ACGCGAAGGCCACCUCCAAGUGAUGGGAACUUUAAACGUGACGUAAAGGGCACGAAGAGAGUGAGGACUCUGCCCCAUUUUCUAGCGAGAGUGACUGCACUCACUCUGCUUAUGUCUUAGAGAGAGCUACUGCUUGUGGCAUGAGAGAGAUUUAGACACUAAGAGUUAGAGAGAGAGACACCGAGAGUUCUAGAGAGAGAGCAACCUAGGCUCCAGUCAUGGCCUUCUCGCCAUCAGGGAGUAGGCGUGGCACCAUUGUCCGACCCUCAAGGCUCAAGGGAAAGCCCCUGAAGCGCCGGCGGUGCUUUCGCCUUCGCAAUCUUCUCUCUACCAAUCUCUGCAUCCUCGCUUUCUUCUUCUGCGCCCUCCUCUUUCUCUUCGUUAUCCUCACCCAGAACAUUCCGAAGCCCCAAAAUCUCCAUCGCCCUCACCAUCACCCAUUUUCUCGCUCUAGAAACCCCAAUUCGUCUCUCUUAGAAGCCCGUGUUGAUAUAACCACAAAGGAUCUUUACGAUCGAAUCGAGUUUUUGGACGUCGAUGGCGGGCCUUGGAAGCAGGGAUGGGAGGUGAGUUUCAAGGGCGAUGAGUGGGACGGAGAGAAGCUUAAGGUUUUUGUGGUGCCACAUUCGCAUAAUGAUCCUGGAUGGAAGCUCACUGUCGAGGAGUAUUACUUGCAAAAGUCUAGGCAUAUAUUGGAUGCUAUUGUACAAACCCUUUCCAAGGAUUCUCGCCGGAAGUUCAUAUGGGAGGAGAUGUCAUAUCUCGAAAGGUGGUGGAGGGAUGCCUCAGCUUCGAAAAGAGAUGACUUCAUCAAAAUAGUCAAGAAUGGUCAGUUGGAAAUUGUUGGAGGUGGUUGGGUGAUGAAUGAUGAGGCUAAUUCACACUAUUUUGCAAUCAUUGAGCAGAUGAUGGAGGGAAACAUGUGGUUAAAAGAUACAAUUGGAGUUAUUCCCAAGAAUGCUUGGGCUAUAGAUCCAUUUGGAUAUUCAUCUACAAUGGCAUAUCUGCUCCGACGUAUGGGUUUUGAGAACAUGCUUAUUCAAAGGACUCAUUAUGAGGUGAAAAAGGAGCUAGCCUUGCACCAGAACCUCGAAUAUAUAUGGCGACAGAGCUGGGAUGCAGAGGAAACAACUGAUAUUUUUGUUCAUAUGAUGCCCUUUUACUCUUAUGAUAUCCCUCAUACAUGUGGACCUGAGCCUGCCGUAUGUUGUCAAUUUGACUUUGCUCGAACCCCUGGCUUUUUCUAUGAGGCCUGCCCUUGGAGAAUUAACCCAGUUGAGACUGACUCUAACAAUGUUAGAGAGAGGGCCUUGUUAUUGUUGGAUCAGUACAAGAAAAAGUCCACCUUGUACCGCACAAAUACCCUUCUCAUACCCCUUGGAGAUGAUUUCCGGUAUGUUAGUGUUGAUGAAGCAGAAGCUCAGUUUAGAAACUAUCAGUUGAUAUUUGAUUAUAUCAAUUCCAACCCUGAUUUAAAAGCUGAAGCCAAGUUUGGCACUCUUGAAGACUAUUUCCAAACUCUUAGGUCAGAGGCCGAGAGGAUAAACUUUUCAAGGGCUGGAGAGGUUGGUUCAAGGGAGGUAGAGGGGUUCCCUUCACUUUCUGGUGAUUUUUUCACCUAUGCAGAUAGAGAAAAGGAUUAUUGGAGUGGAUACUACGUCUCAAGACCCUUUUUUAAAGCAGUUGAUCGAGUCCUCGAAGAGACAUUACGCUCAUCAGAAAUUAUGAUGGCCUUAUUGUUGGGUUAUUGUCAGAGGCUGCCAUGUGCAAAGCUUCCCAUCUCUUUUGCCCACAAAUUCACAGCUGCCAGGAGGAAUUUGGCUCUUUUUCAACACCAUGACGGAGUGACUGGUACUGCCAAGGAUCAUGUGGUAGUGGACUAUGGAGGAAGGAUGCAUACUUCUCUCCAUGAUCUGCAAAUUUUCAUGGCUAAGGCUGUUGAGGCACUUCUUAAUAUUCGUCAUGAGAAGGUGGGAAAGAGUACCCAACCAUCUCUGUUUGAACCAGCAAAGUUGAGAUCGAGAUAUGAUGUGCAACCAAUGUACAAAACAAUAACUGUGCUUGAAGGAAGUGUACAAUCAGUCAUAUUCUUCAAUCCAUUGGAGCAAACUAGAGAUGAGGUUGUGAUGGUGGUUGUGGACAACCCAAGCAUGUGUGUUUUAUAUUCCAAUUGGUCAUCAGUGACAAGUCAGGUUGUUCCUGAGUGGCAACAUGGUAAGGAUGGAUUGUUCACUGGACGGCAUCGCUUGUAUUGGCAAGCUUCUGUGCCUCCCAUGGGAUUGCAAACUUAUUAUGUUGCUAAUGGCUUUGUGGGCUGUGAGAAAGCCAGGCCUUCAAAACUGAAAGUACAUAGUGGCUCCAAGCCUCUACCAUGCCCUCAACCUUAUGUUUGCUCAAAAUUGGAAGAGAGCAUGGCAGAGGUUAGAAAUCAGCAUCAGACAUUAACAUUUGAUGUGAAAAAGGGUAUGUUGCAAAAAUUGAAGGUCCACAAGGAUGGUACUGAGACAAUUAUUGGGGAAGAGAUUGGUAUAUACUCGACUUGGGAAAGUGGGGCGUACCUGUUCAAGCCCAAUGGGGAAGCUGAACCCAUUAUCCGAGAAGGUGGGAUGAUGAUAAUAUCAGAAGGUCUUCUGGUGAAUGAAGCCUUCUCUUUCCCAAAAACUUUGUGGUCGAAAAGCCCAGUCUCACAUAGUACCCGCAUUUUUAACGGAGAGGAUAUGUUGCAAAAGUUUCUUAUAGAGAAAGAAUACCAUGUGGAGCUUCUUGACCAUGACUUCAAUGACAAAGAACUGAUUGUAAGAUUCAAGACAGACAUCGAUAAUGGGCAUGUUUUCUAUACUGAUUUGAAUGGUUUCCAAAUGAGCCGAAGAGAAACUUACAAGAAGAUCCCCUUGCAGGGAAACUACUAUCCAAUGCCUUCCCAUGCCUUCUUGCAUGGUUCAGAUGGUAGGAGAUUCUCUGUGCAUUCUAGGCAGUCAUUGGGUGCUGCAAGCUUAAAGAAUGGUUGGCUGGAAAUUAUGGUUGACAGGCGUUUAACUCGUGAUGAUGGUAGAGGUUUAGGGCAAGGGGUCUUGGACAAUAGGCCCAUAAAUGUGCUCUUUCACAUCCUUACUGAAACCAAUAAGUCUUCUACUCCUAUACCCACUUCUCUCUCUUUACCAUUGAAUCCUUCACUUCUUUCCCAUUUGGUUGGUGCCCACAUCAACUACCCAAUGCAUGCAUUCAUUGGGAAACCAGAGGAAACCUCUUCACAGUUACCCCCACCUAAACACUUCUCUCCAUUAGCCGCAUCUUUACCAUGUGAUGUGCAUAUUGUGAGCUUCAAGGUUCCAAGACCUUUGAAAUUCUCUCAGCUUUCAUCUGAUUAUCCCAGAUUUCUUCUUAUUUUACGGAGGAGAGGUUUGGAUUCAUCUUAUUGUAGGAAGGGUGGCUUGAAUUGCACUACAUUAGGAGACAGGCAGAUCAAUGUGUUCUCCAUGUUCAAGGAUUUUGCAGUUUUAGAUGCUAAAGCUACUUCUUUGAAUUUAUUGCAUGAUGACGACAUGGAAAGACUUGGGUACUAUGAGCAUCCACAUAGGAAGGAUUUAGGAGGUGGAACAAGGGAUGGACAUGUACUGUUACUCCCCAUGGAGCUGCAGGCUUACAAACUGGAAUUGAGGUCAAACUUAUGAAUGAAGCUUACAUUAGAGAUUUAUUUGUGUUGUGCAGCUUCUGGGUCUGGUGGAUACUCCGCUAAUAGAAAUCGGUUGCCCCAUUUUGACAUGCAAGGAAUUACGAGAAUUGCUUUCCAUGUCAGGGUAGGUGCAUUAAGGGGUAUGGGUGCCUGUUUUGUUGCUUGUUGAAUUUCUAGCCUGUGUGAAUGGAAGAGAUAGUAAUUGUGUUUGAUAUGAUCUAUCAUAAAAUAAUGAGUUCGAGUAUAUUCUUGUGAAAAGAAAGAAAUGAACAAGGAAAUGAAUCUGGAGGAAAUUUCAAGUGAUAAUUGAUAGAUCAGAUUUAUACUGGGGGAUUGCUCUACAUGGCUAGUUAAAGAUCGAAAUUCCAACAAUGGCAGAGAAAGUAUGUCCAUACUCUUAUCACAGUUAUUGGUUGUGACAAUGCGGCAGUGAAUCAGUACAUGCUCUUCUCCAAAGAAGCAAAGCCUUGGGUAUUGUGGAUUACAAUAUCAGUUUUGUUUUCUGUUUUUUUUCUUUUUAAUUUGUUACAUCAAGUUGUGUUGGAGAACCAUUCAGAUUAGUGGCUCUUCUAUGUGGCAUGGAGGAUCUGAGACUAUAGAUUUUUGCUGUUGACUCCAUGUUAUCUAUCUAUUUCUGAUGGGUUAUCCAGUUUAAAUUUCCAAC